AUGAGCAACCCUUUUCGUAUCGUCAUUGUCGGCGCUGGGCCGGCCGGUCUCUCCGCCGCCAUCGCCAUCGCCCAGCAUCCCUCGUCGUCGGCGCCGUCCCGCUCCGUCCACAUCACCGUGCUGGAGCUGCGGCCCGGCGUGCAGACCAUCGGAGGCGCUGUCAACAUGACCCCGCUCGCCCUGCACUACCUCGACGCCCUCGGCGGUGCCGGUGCCCGCCUGCGACCCCGCGGCCACGCCGCCAGCGCCAUCGAGCUCGUCGCCCACCGCACCGGCCGCCUGCUCGCCACCCUGUGGCCGGGCGUCGACGCCCUCCGCGUGCGCCGCCAGGACGUCGUCGAGGCCCUGACCGAGGCCGCCGUCGCGCUCGGCGACUCCAACGAGGACCCCGAUGCGCUGCGGAUCGUGUACGGUGCCCGCGUCGAGGACCUAGCGGAGCUCGACAACGGCGGCGUGCGCGUCACCUACACGCGGGAAGAUGACAAGGCCCGCGCCGCAGCCGAGACCAUCGAGGCCGACCUCGUCCUCGGCUGCGACGGCAUCCACUCAAUCGUCCGCCGGCGGCUCGUCGAGCCCGACCGCCCCGAGACGUACACGGGCAAGUGCGUCGCCUACGGCUUCCUCCCUGCGACCGCCGCCGACGCCGCCCGCUGGACCCGCGCCGGCGGCCAGCCGCUCGUGCGCCACACCACACUCGUGCAGCACGGCGCCGAGUCGCUCCUCCUCGCGCGCCACCAGCCAGCCGGUGACGACGAGACGACCUCCUCGGAGAGCAGCUUGUACGUCGCCGUCGUGAUGCCCGUCCCGCCAGACGAGGCCGGGGACCGCCGCGAGGGCCGGGCGGUCCGCGACAAGGACGAGCUGCGUCGCGCCAUCGCCGACCGGUUCGCCGGCGGCGCCAUCGACUGCCUCGGGGAGGUCCUGGCGCGCUGCGACGACUGGUUCUUCUACCCGGUGCGCAUGCUACCCGAUGGCGGCGCGUGGUCCGAGGGCCACGUUCUCCUCCUCGGCGACGCCGCCCACGCCAUGCCGCCGCAGGGGGAGAGCACCGGCGUCGCCAUCGAGGACGGCGUGCUGGUCGCGCACGUGCUGUCACGGCGGGGCGACGGCCGCGACGUGUCGCGGAUGAUCGCCGAUUACGAGGCGCUGCGCCGCGCCGACGUCGCAGCGCUGCACCGGACGUCGAUGGCGCGGUGGAACGGCGGCGGCGGCGGCGGCGGCUGGCUCGGGCGCGUGGUCAUGGAGUGGAUGGCGUGGGUGGUCGUGUCGUACCUCAACUGGACCAGCGACCACUUUGCGCGGGACGUGCGGAACCUGCCUCUGCCGGAGUGA